AUGUCAAGAUCACUGUCGAAUCGCUCGCCAACGAGAAUGCGCGUUGAAUUAAAUAACCACUCACCUACUUCUCACCAUCGUAAAACGAUGCCAAUUAUAUUUAAAAACCAUCGAUCUACGCAGAGACAACUUUCAGCAAUUCUAAAUCAGGCAGAUUUCGAAAUUUGUCAGGCGCCGAAUGAAACUGAAAUGUUGGAAUUUAUCCGAAAUGGAAACCAGGAAAAUGGUACUGCUACGAACAAUUCAUCUGAUUCUGUAACAGUCGAUGAAACAAUCACUGACCGACAGAAACAACCUCAAAGCACAUAUAACACUUCUCCCAGAAUUGCUCAUAAAAAUCGAUUUAUAUCCAAUAUAAAGCAUUGUCUCGCAUCGCACAGAAACGAAGCAACAAAGAAAGAUGGGAAUAACGAGGAAAAGAACCGAGGUUUCCUUCUAAUCGAUAAAGUUGACGCUGAUCUAGUCUUGAUACCGGGUGACCAUAAUGAUCAACAGCAUACGCGUCAUGCUGAACCAUGUGUACAUGAACAUGUCGGGGAAGAUACACUAGAUAUGAAUCAAAUUCAUUUAAUAUCAACCACUCCAGUCACACCCAGCUUACCACCUCCCCAACAAUCCUUAGUGAAUUCCUCGUGUUUAUUACCAAUCAUACCCCAUCCACAUAGCGAAGGAGAUGUUCAAGCUACACAAGCUGGUGUAGAAUGUGCGACGCCUGCAUAUGAUGAAUCCAAUAUGCAAGAUACUCAAGUGUCAGCAACCGAUUCAACGACAUCAACAAAUUCUUCCAAUAAUGAUCCACAAUACGCUCAUAUUGAUCGAACAACAUUGAAUGAUACUGAUUAUGUUAUUGAACAGAAGCGCGAUCUGGAACGGAUAACAGUUUACGAAAUAGCAUUGAAUAAUGAUCGUCGAGAUUAUCAACAAGAUUUACCUCAAAAUGAAAAUGAUGAAAUUGAAUUCGAUCUUCGAUAUAAAGAUGCACUUCAGCUCAAUUCCGAAUUGAAAAAAGAACUCAAACGCUUAGAAGAAGAGAAAGAUCGAAUCUAUGCGUCAUGGAAAUGUGAAGUUUGUACAUAUAUCAAUGAACCAUAUAUAAAAACACGUAAAUACGUCUGUGAAAUGUGUGAAGGACCAAGUCCGUUGAAGAAGCAUGCGCUGACGAGUUAA